AUGUCACUCAAGGAGAUCUCUAGAAACAAAUGCUUUGGUGGACACGUCAUCAAAUAUCAACACUAUUCAGAAGAACUACAGUCUGAUAUGAAGUUUAAUGUGUUUUUACCAAAUGAGAGUGAUACACGUCAAGUACCUGUCAUUUACUUUUUAUCUGGUUUGACGUGUACCGAAGACAACUUUAUUCAAAAAAGUGGUGCUAUGGCCGAAGCAGCCAAGUAUGGUAUUGCUCUUGUCGCUCCAGAUACAUCUCCACGUGUUGAUAUUGAGGGAGACAGCGAUUCCUGGGAUUUUGGAAAGGGUGCAGGAUUUUAUUUGGAUGCCACAGAACCCAAAUGGUCCAAACAUUAUCGUAUGUAUUCUUAUAUUGUUAAAGAAUUGUUUUCUCUUGUUGACCAACAAUUGCCUGUGGAUGCAUCAAAGGCCUCUAUUAUGGGUCAUUCGAUGGGAGGCCAUGGUGCAUUGACCAUUUACAUAAAGAAUCCUUCAAAAUUCAAGGCAGCUUCUGCAUUUGCACCUAUUGCAAAUCCCAUCAAUUGUCCUUGGGGCCAAAAGGCGUUUUCUAAUUAUCUCGGUGCUGAUAAAGAACUAUGGAAGCAAUAUGAUACCGUUGAACUAUUAAAGACAUACUUGAAUGAAUCAAUGAAUGUCCUUGUUGAUGUUGGAACUGCCGAUGGCUUCUUGGAGAAUCAAUUACUCGUCGAUGAGUUAAGAAAGAUAGUUCGUGCAUUGAACAGAGAUGAUGAAUGGCAUAUUCGCUAUCAAGAUGGCUAUGAUCACAGCUACUUUUUUAUUUCUACAUUUAUUGCUGACCAUAUCAAGUUUCAUGCAAAUAUAUUAGUAAAAUAA